CAUUUUUAAAUAAGCGGUAUUUUUUUCUUUUUAUUUAUAUUAAUUAAUUUUAAUAAAUAAAUAUUAAUGUAUUUUUUAGGAGUUUUAUAGUUCUUCAUUAUAGAGUUGUUGAGUUCUUAUUUGAUAUAAAUUUUAUAAUUUUUUAUUGCGAAGGUGUUGAACAGUAAAAUAAAAUUCAAUUCGGCAUUCAAAUAAUAAAAUUCGUUGAAAAAUACUUAUAAAAUUAAUAUGCAGUUUAGUGUUACCGAUUGGAAUAGUAUUCUUAUAAAAUUAUAGUUUAUUAUUCUAUCAACAUGAUUAAUAAUUUUAAAAAAAAAUUACAUAUAUAUUUAUAUAUUUUAAUGUUUGAUAUUUACUUUUAUUUUUUAUAUAUAUUUAAUUAAUCUUUACCAAUGCAGGAUUUAUAUAAAUCAGAUAAAAUACAACAUGAUUAGGUGUUCAUGACUUGGAGCUUGAAGAUUGGGCACUACAUAUGUUGUAUUCACAAUAAGAUGUGGCAUCUGCUUCUGUAUCUCUAUCUGCAUCUACCGCUGCAUUAAUACUGUCCUCUGUCCUCCAUAUACUGUUCUAACAUUGCUCUUUGCUCAUCUAGUUGUGUUUUUACCUGCGUUUGGAACUCUUGCAAAAUAUCAAAUUCAAGAGAUACUCAUAACAGAGAUUUCUGUAAAGAAACCAGAAAAUGCUAGCGUGCAUCAACCACCUCACAACUCAACCUUUAUGGCUUCCUAUUGUCUCAUUUCUCGGAUUUCUGUCUCUCUUGAACUACUCAUUCACUCUUCUGAAUUGGGUCUACAAAACAGUUCUCAGACAACCAAAGAAUCUAAAAGAAAAUUAUGGCUCAUGGGCACUCAUUACAGGAGCAACAGAUGGUAUAGGGAAAGCCUUUGCUUUUCAAUUAGCAAAACAAGGUCUAAACCUAAUACUAGUCAGCAGAAACCUAAACAAGCUGAAAACUGUCUCUAGUGAAAUUCAAGAAGAGUUUCCAAGUACCAAGAUCAAGAUAAUGAAUCUUGAUUUUUCAAGUGAAGAUUCCAGUGGGUUAGUUCAUGUGAUAGAGGAGGCCAUAAAAGGGGUAGAUGUUGGCGUGUUGAUAAAUAAUGUUGGUAUUACUUAUCCUCGAGCAAGAUUCUUUGAUGAAGUAGAUGAGAGUACUUGGAUGAGUAUAGUAAAAGUAAACGUGGAAGGAACUACUAGGGUCACAGAAGCAGUUUUGCCUGGAAUGAUAGAAAGGAGAAGAGGUGCCAUUGUUAAUAUCGGAUCAGGAGCUUCCAUUGUUGUUCCUUCACAUCCUCUCUACACUAUCUAUGCUGCUACAAAAGCCUAUAUCGAUCGAUUAUCAAGAUGUUUGUACGUGGAAUAUAAAAGCUGCGGAAUUGACGUGCAAUGCCAGUUGACAGAUGGCUUAAUGAUGAAUCAGGUACCAUUGUACGUUGCAACAAAUAUGACAUCAAGAGUAGCAUUAAUAGAAAAGUCAUCUUUGUUUAUACCAUCACCUCAAGCUUAUGCAGAAGCUGCAGUCCGUCGCAUAGGCUAUGAAGCAAGGUGCACUCCUUACUGGGCUCACUCGCUUCAAUGGUUCUUCUCCCGGCUGCUUUCUGAGGCUGUUCUUGAUUCUUGGCGCCUCUCCAUAGGGAUCCACCGCAGGGGAGACAUCAUCACCUCAAGUACUUCGGCUGGCGUAGAUGGCGAUGGCAGCAGAGUAGUCUAGGAUUAAGUUACUGGUUGGCGUACUUAAAAACAUGCUGAUUGCUUUCUAGAAUUUGAAUUUGAAUUAUAAACAUGAAGAUAAACUUAUUACCAUCUAAAGUGGGUUAUAUAAAACAAACAUGCAUGUUGAUUUACAUGUGUGCAAACUGCAGAA